UCCUGGGGUACGUAGGUGUCGGUGGUCAGCCAUAUUGUCUCUGAUACAGCAGAAAUCACACACUGGCAGAGGCACACCGGCGACGGAGGGUGGCAAGGAUCGUUGGCUGGAAGAAACCGGGCGCAUUGGGAAGCAUUUCGGCCGUUGAAUUGUCCAAGGGGCUAUCCCACCGUGCCCCUGGUGGCCCCUCCCCCCGUCCUCAGGCAAAGCCUCCCCCAAACCCCUUUCCCUGUUGGAAUCAAUCCCCUCACCCCUUACCUUCCCUCCUCGUCCUCCCUCCCUUCUACCCAUCGUCCUCGCACUCCAACCGUCCUCCACUGCAGUAAGAUCUCCCCACUAUCCCUGCCAAGCUGUCGGACAUGUCAGGACCCGUGCCGAGCCGGGCCAGAGUGUACACCGAGGUCAACACUCACCGGCCCAGGGACUACUGGGACUAUGAGUCCCAUGUAGUUGAAUGGGGAAACCAGGACGACUUUCAGUUGGUGCGGAAGUUAGGUCGUGGCAAGUAUAGCGAAGUCUUUGAGGCAAUCAACAUCACCAAUAAUGAGAAGGUGGUGGUGAAGAUACUCAAGCCCGUGAAGAAAAAGAAAAUCAAGCGUGAGAUCAAGAUUUUGGAAAACCUACGUGGUGGUCCCAACAUAAUCUCGCUCAUCGACAUUGUCAAAGACCCUGUAUCCCGAACACCUGCCUUGGUCUUUGAACAUGUUAACAACACGGACUUCAAGCAACUGUACCAGACCCUGACCGACUAUGACAUCCGGUUCUACAUGUAUGAGAUCCUCAAGGCCCUGGAUUACUGUCACAGCAUGGGAAUCAUGCAUAGAGAUGUAAAGCCACAUAAUGUGAUGAUCGAUCAUGAGCACCGCAAAUUGCGCCUUAUUGACUGGGGUCUGGCUGAGUUUUACCACCCAGGACAGGAGUACAACGUCAGAGUCGCCUCUCGCUACUUUAAAGGCCCUGAGCUCUUGGUGGACUAUCAGAUGUACGACUACAGUCUGGACAUGUGGAGUUUGGGCUGUAUGCUGGCGAGCAUGAUCUUCAGAAAGGAGCCCUUCUUCCAUGGUCAUGACAACUACGACCAGUUGGUGAGAAUAGCCAAGGUUCUGGGGACAGAGGACCUCUACGACUACAUCGACAAAUACAACAUUGAGCUGGAACCUCGCUUUAAUGAUAUUCUGGGAAGGCAUUCUCGUAAGCGAUGGGAGCGCUUUGUCCACAGUGAGAACCAGCACCUGGUCAGCCCAGAGGCUCUGGACUUCCUGGAUAAGUUGCUGCGUUACGACCACCAGGCCCGACUGACCGCCCGCGAGGCCAUGGAUCACCCAUACUUCUUCCCCAUUGUGAAAGAUCAGUCUCGUGUGGCCGGAUCAGCCAACCUGCCCAGUGGGAACCCAGCUGUUAGUACAGCCAGCAUGAUCACUGGUAUCUCUGCCUUGCCAGCCUCCACUGCCCUGGGCCCUCUCACCGGCUCACCAGUCCUGUCUGCUGCCACCAAUGCCCUGAGCACCCCGGUGCCCGCUGCUGCCGGCGCCCCGCAGUGACACCCCCCACCCCACCCAAAUCCACACUCAACCCCCUCCCCCCUCUUCUCAAUCUCCCCCCUCACUCUUACCACCACCUCAGACGGGGGAGGGAGUUGUGUUGACAGGUGCCACUCUGCCAGCCCUCACCACAUCCAACCUAACUCAGCGUGACAGCGACUCGCCAGCCUCCCAGCUGGAGGCCGCCAUCGUCUUCAGUAAAAGAAAGGUGUUCCCCUCUCCUCUGUUCCUUUUUCAGCCUCGAAUGAACGUGUUUAACCUGACAUCUGAGAUGAAUGUUCUGUGUAACUGAAAUAUACAGAUAUUCCUUACAUUUGUCCCCCCUACAAGGUGUAGUGAAUACAAAGGGGUGUAUGUUUGUGUGUGGUGAGAGCAAUCCACGAGUGUGUGUUAAUUUGGGAUAGAGAAGGCACUGGUCAAUAAGAACAUCAGCAGAAGGUAACAGAAAGAGAUGUUGGCCAUCAGGACCAAGAGGAGCACAUCCUGUAUAGUUUACUACUGCAGCAUCGUCAAAAACAAAAUGAGAACGCUUCAUUUACCUCCCCAGAUGAGUCUAAACACCCUCCAGAUCACAGCAUUUUGGAAGUGUUUGGUGCUGUUCUGUGCUCCAGGUGUGUGUAUGUGUGUGUGAACACAAUGACACUUCAACACUUUCUCUGCCUGAGUAGUUCUGUCUUGCCUUUUCUUACCAAACCAGAUCACCAGUCUUCUUUUUAUAUGCGACCCCCCCCCCUGCCCGUCACGUCAUCUGUCAUUACUUUGUGUUCCGAUCGAAAACGUUCUGGACUGUUGGGUAGAAAAAGGUUCACCACCAUCAAGUUGUUCGAUCAACUCUAGUGUUGAUCUCUUAAGAAGCCAGGUAAGGUUCAUUCAGGUUCUCAACGACAUGGUUUCUCAAACGUGCUGCUUUCCAGUUCCUUGAAUUACUUCAAGUGGCUUUUCUUGAAUUACUUCAAGACAUAACCAAAGUUUACUCAGUUGGUUGGAAAAAGCGACUGACCAAACCUAGUUUUAUUUUGUGGGAGUUCCUCACAGAGAUGCUGUAAUACGGGCUGACAAUGUGUGUAGUGAAUAAGGUGACAACAUGAUACAAUAAUAAUCCGCAGGUGACUGUUAGAGUUGGAGGAAAGUUCGCUCGUGUUAAGUGUCGUGACAUCGGUAAGCUUUCGGAGGAGUCAUCCAGUUUCUUUCAUGUUGAGGGGAGCAGUGAAGUUAAAUAGCACUUGAAGGGUAGACUUUUCCCCUGUGUUUUAGUGCCAGAGUUUGAAAGUGUAAGUUUUAGACCCUGCUGUACAUAUGCAUCUUUUUUUCUUUUUUUUUUUCAUUUCAGAACCUUGAAAAUGCAAAUAAAUCACAACAUGUAUACAUUGACCUGAGAACGAAGCAGUUUGAGUCCCUACAUCACUGUAUAUAUUUUUAUGUCCUUAUGUAGAAGACUAGUAUUUGAAAAUAUUUGUGUAAAUAAACACGUGUUUUAUUUAUCAGGUA